UGUUUCAUUGCUGAGGAGUUUACAGACGCGGCGGGGGUUUUUCUCUCCCCCUGACUUCACCCCCCAGUUUACCUCCGGACCAGCCUGAAAUGGACUACUCCACUUCUCCCAGCAACCUGCACGCAUUUUGAAGUGUUUGCGUUUUAGCUCAUUUUUCUCCACACAAGUCAGCAGGAUGGCUGAGAAGGAGCCCGAAUCGCCAGGAAAACUAGAGACACUAUUAUUAUAGCCUGGAUUUUUUUCGGAAUAGGGGGCAAAUUUCUUUUUACAACUUUCCCCUCUGUGGAUAAUGGAUGGCAGAGAUUUCGGACCUCCCAGAUCCGUCCAUCUGCCGCCUCCGUUGUUGGCGGGGCUCGCAAUGGAGUCUCACCGACUCGGAGCAGCAGCGGCAGCCGGGAGGAUCCCUCCCUCUCCCGGUCAUUUGGGCGCUACUCACCCGCCGCCUCUUCACUCUGGAAAAUUCCUGCCAUCGGCCAUUAACCUACAUCCACACCACAGUGAUGCCUUCCCGACAGGCUCCAGUCCCUUCCUGUCAGGUUAUCCAGGCCCCUCCCCCCUGACCUCUGACCCUGCUUACAGAUCAGCCAAUCCCAGCAGUCUGCAGAUGGCUCAGCUCUGGGCAUCACACGCUCAUGAAGGUUACCCUCCGCUGCCAAGCAGCCUGUACUCCAGCCCCUAUCUGUCGCUGGGGCACCUCGACCCCCCCUCGCUCUCCCAGCACCCUCUCUAUGACUCACAUAAAGAGGGUUUUUUCCUGCCCACCUCUUUAAGCCAGUCUCCUCUCCAUCCUCCACCUGCACACCCAACUGCCCCGUCCAGCUCAACACCCCCUCAGAGGAUGUCCCGGGAUUGCGGUAGGGAGCGGCCCUACCGGGGAGAGAGGGAAAGGGAGAGAGAGAGGGACAGGGAGCGUGAGAGGACAAGAGAGGAGCAGCGGCAUCACAGUGUCGUCGACCUGACACAAGAAGGGAGGAGCGAUGAGGACCGCCGGGCGAGAAGUGGCGAUCGGGACCGAGAGAAAGAAAGGGACCGGGACUCGGAGAGGGAGAGAGAAAGUUGGCCUUUUCAUCCUCUCCUCCACCAGCAGAAAUCACAUUCUCAGCCCUGCACAGUGGAGACAAGACCCAGGCCCUCACCUCCACAGCCCUCCUUCCCCUCAGGGGGAGGUGUGGGCAGGUUCCAUGGACCAGAAACUGACAGGGGGGUGCGUGAUGAAGAGGGCAUCUCUCGACCCCAUCACAACCACAACUCAAAUAACUCAAACUCCCAAUUGGACAGACUGAGACGGAAUGACUCGGAGGCCACAUCAGCGGGGGCCCUCCACAUGUCCUAUGUCCUCCCCCCUGUGCUCCAGCCCUCCGUUGCUGGUCUCCCCCACCCUUCCACAUCCAGAGAGUCUAUGAGAGAGCAGCGAGUCAGUGCACCGACAUAUGUGCCUUCUGUGGAGGUUUACGACGAGCGGGCUGGGCCCAUCCAAAUUGCCUCACAGGCCCGCGACAACAAAAACAGUGACAAACAAAGAGACAGGGAGCGGGAACGGGAGAGAGACAGGGAGCGGGAGCGGGAGCGGGAACGGGAGAGAGACAGGGAGCGGGAACGGGAGAGAGACAGGGAACGGGAGAGGGAGAGGGAGAACUAUAGGUUUCCUGAAAGGAGCCUGAUGGAUCAUCCUCGACUCUCCCAGUCCGGCGAUUCAAGCAAUCAAAGAGAGGAAGGUUCUAUAAUUUGUUCCAAUGGUUCAAUUGGAAAGCGAGGUCAGGACACAUUGUACUCAUCCAGUCAAUCAAGGUUCAGCCCAGAAAGCAGAGACAAGCACUCUGUUCGAAUGGGUAUGGAACGAGCGGGGGCGGAGCCUAAGUGGAAUAACAUCAGCCCGCUGGCUAACUAUGCCACGACUCACAUGGCUGCUCUGGCAGCCCAACACGGACACAGACUCUCCUCACCGCACAGCCAGUCUCCACAAACACAGAUUUCCCAUUCCCCUCAUGCAACUCACCGGCCCAACAGCAACACACACUCCCGCAGCCAUUCUCCACAGACGCACACUUCACAACACGGACACGGACACGGGCGUGCGGGGGAGGAGGGGAGUCAGAGACGUUACCUGGACCCGUCGGCUCUCUACCGAACUGGAGGCUCACUAGUGGGAGGGUCCAGUGGUGGAGAGCGAGGUGGGGCAGCUGGCUCGGACCCCUCCGAGGUUUCAGCCAUGCAGAGUCUGAUCAAAUACAGCGGAAACUUUGCUUCUGAAGGUCCUGGCUCGUCCAGGCAUGCCACAGACAGCAGAGUGCCAUUCGGAGGUCUGGGUAGCAUUCGCAUGAAUGCUGAAAGAGAACUGGAGAGGGAGAAAGAGAGGGAGAGGGAGAGGGAGAGAGAGAGGGAGAGAGAAAGGGACAGGGAAAGGUUAGUGGUUGGAUCGAGUGUUUCAGGGGCAUUAAGGGUUCCUCCUCAGCUCAAGAGAGAGCAGGAGCGGCCGGACAGUGCCCGCUCAUUUGGCCGCGAGGCAGAAGGCGAGGUGCGUCACCCUCCGGUUGGCAUUGCUGUAGCAGUGGCUCGGCAGAGAGACAGUGGGAGCAACACCAAACCAACAAGUGGAUCUUCAGACUCACAACGGCCCCUACUGCAAACCGCUAUUAAAGACGAGGAGCGGGGGGAGGAGCGCGCUCAUCACCACGAUGACAGAUUGUUGGCCUGCCGGCUUGAGCGUGAGCAGGAGAAAGCGCUUCGAGAGCCCAAAGAGCUGGCAGAGUUUUCUCAGAUGCACCCUGCUCCUUUGUCUGGCAGCCUGACACCCAGUAUGAUGACACCCAGCCUCAUGACCCCCAACCUUAUGGUGACAGGGGCAGGGCGUUGGCCUCCAGACCCCUCAACUCUGACCUCUCACCCUUGGAUGCCCCGGCCUGGAGCCCCUCCAGUCUGGCUAUCCAGCACACCAUACAGCCUUGGACCCUCCUCACUGCACCAGACUCUCCCCCCAGGCUACCCACCCUCUCUACCAGGUUCCUUACCCCCUUCCUACCAGUUUGCCAGGGACCCACAGUCUGGACAGCUAAUAGUCAUCCCUACUGAACACCUGCCCCACUAUGGAGGCGAUGUACUGGAGCGUGGAGCCCCGGUGUGGUCAGGGGUAUAUGGUACAGGCAGCUCGCUGCAACACGCGGCCCAACUCCAGCUUCUCUCCCAGCACCAGAUGCUGCGACAACAGGAGCUCCUCAUGAUCCAGCAGCACACCGCACAGGUCCUGGAGUUGCAGAGGAGUGCACAGCUCGUCGAGCGGUUAAAGGCCAGUGAGCACCGACCUGAAAUAGAAGACAAACCAGACAAGCGGAACACGGAGCCCAAACCAAGACCUUCCUCAAUAUCUUCCCCUUCUCCUUCGCCCGUUCUGCACCCUCGCAAACCUCCCCCUCCCUCUCGCUCACCAACCCCGUCGACAUCUUCCCUCACCUCGCUGCCUCAGCUCCCCUCACCGGUGACCACCCUUAAGUCAGAGGAAGGAGGGCAGAGGGUGUUGGUGCACUCACCAAUGCCCCUGCCUCACCCGCCUUCCCCCCGCUCAGCCUUGCCACCCCCGUCUUCACCACGGCAGCCUAAACAGGAAACAGCCGAGGUGGAGGAGAUGGGGCGGAGGAGUCAGAGGGAGGGACAGAGGGCAGGCUCUGCUCCCUUUCAGGGCAUCUACUCUGAUCUCCCUCCAGGUUACCCAUACCAGUCUAUCACUGCUCCAUUUGGCUCUCCUUUCCCCUCUUAUCCCAUCCCUCCACCUUCAGGGGCAAACACAGAACUUCUACCAACCCACUGCUCCCACUCCUCACCCUCAGCUGCCCCUUUGCCUUCAAUGCACCUUCAUUCAAGGCUCCUGGACACAGACAUCAAGUCACAGAAGCUAGAGCCAUCAAAGACGGGAUCUUUCCUCAAACAGGAACCCAAUGUGGAGCAGCCUCAGUUGGACAUGACACCAGAACCUCUUCCCCCCCUUUACCGGAGCAGCCCUCCUCGCGCUAGUGAGGACAGAGAGAAAGAUGGGGAAGCAACAAAGCCCCAGCUUCAGCCACUACCUCUGCACAUCCCUGCUCCUCCACCACAGCAAGAUGAAAAGCUGGAUGUCAGGGAGGCAGAGAAGGAAAGGGGGAAAAUCAAAAUGGAAGUGUCGUCUUACUCAUGUCAGGCAGCAUAUUCUUCACCUCCUCGACUCACCGAAGCUGAGCCCAAACCAAAGGCCGUCCAGGAUCCAGAGCGAACACGAUAUCCUCCGUGCAUCACUGCAGAUUCAGACUGCCAGGAGUCUGCUCAGAGUCAGAGCGUGCUACGAGAGCAAACCACCGGCGCUGUGUGUGAACGAGAGCAGCAACAUGACACUCCAACUGACUUGCACAUUCCCAGUCAGAAAGAAAUGGUUGCUGAGACUCCUCUUUAUCCUCCUGCCACCUCCAACUCUCCACCCCCGCUGGUCAUCGGUCCCGAGGAUCCCAUGGCAGGGAUGCUGGCCUUGCUGGCAGCCAGUGAAAUGGCCUCCCAGGCCCGUCCCGACACUCCACCUGCACCGAUACUACUACCGCAGACGGAAAACCCUCCUGUGAGUGCUGACUGCAGCAGCACGGGGACUCUGGAAAUGGUGGCGCUGGAGGGGAUGGCCCUGCUCAGCCAAAUGGCCCAGAGGGAGAUGGAGAACAUCAGCCAAGGGCAAGAUCUGACAUUAGAGGGUCUGGACUGUCUUCUUGAGGCCAGCAGACAGAUCCUGUUGGAGGCCAUAGAGAAACAGUCCCACAUCGAUCUGCCCAGAACACUGGACCCCAACAAGAAGUACAGCUGGAGGCAGAGGAAGGAGGAACCGCUGUAUAGUAAAAUGUCUGACAUGUUGGACACAGUGGAGGUGGAGUACCGCGUCCACCUGGCUGAGCUGCAGAAGACGUAUAAAGACAAGCAGAGAGAGCUGAGCAAGCUGCAGAGACGCAGAGAUAAGCAUGAGCGGCAGCAGCAGGAGGAUGAGAGGAGGAGUCUCACAAGACGAGGCAGAGGGCGACCGAGGAAGAGAAAACAUUUGGCCACACCUCCCAAACAAGACAGCAGGCCUGCAAAGGUGGGUAAGACAGUGCAAUACUCUGAGGACUCUGAAGCUGGGGAAGGACAGAGAAAGAGGUUCCGUGUGUCCAGAGAAGAGGAGGAGACGGAGACGGGGAGUGGAGGAGUAAAGGUGAAAAAGAAGAAAAAGAAGAAGAAGAGCUGGAAUGAGCAGGAGCCGUCCACCAGUCAUGCUGUGGAGGUGUUGAAGGCAAAGCAAGGCCACGUGUGUGAGCAGGAGCAGCUGGCGUCGGACCUCGACCGGGCUCUUUCACUCUCACAGCUCAGCUCCCUCGGAGCGUCCCGCAAACUGGCCUCCAGCACAAAACUAGACAAGUCUAAGGGCAAGUCUGUCGACAGUCGGAUAAAAGAGCGUUCCAUUCAUUCCCCCGCCAAAGGAGGGAAACACAAAAUGACUGCCAAGGCUUCCACUUCAGAGACCGUCCAGAAAGUGAAAGGUCAGAAGAAGACCGCUUUGUUCUCACCUGUGAGAUCAGAGCUCAGCAGCUGCUCCAACAACUCAGAUUCAGAGGAGCACAGUUCUGCUCGCGGGGGCUGGCCCCCUCUCUCAGGCACACGUUCCCAUGGCAACCUGACCAGGAAAAGGCGGUCCGCUUCAUCGCCGACAUCCCUGCCGUCCAGUCAGAAGUCUCAGAAGAAGAAACACAAGCACUUAUCCCUGCUGCUGGAAGAAGCAGGCCUCAGCUCCUCUGAUGACUCCUUCGACCAAGAAACCUCUGAGGAUGAUUAUGACGAUGAAGACAAUGAGCAAGAGUCUGAUUCCGAUGAUGGUGGCUGUGAGGAGAGUGGGCUGGGUCUGCUGGCGAGGUUCGCGGCGAGUGCGAUCCCCGUCAGCUCGGCCCCUUUGAGCCUCUUCCACGACGGCAAACCCCGCAGCAGGCACAGCACUCUGGGUUCAUCUGAGUGUGAGUGGUCAGACUCUGGCUCAGACUUGCGGCUGAGGAAGUUCCCCUCUCUGCUUCAUGGAAAACGCUCUGCCCCAGAGCUGCCCCUGUUGCCCCCGGCGACCCGGCGCACUGACCAGUCCAGCCCCACUAAACGAGAUGAGGCACUUCCAGCGAAACGCAAGCCUCUGGCCAAAACUCGCCCCUCGCCUCGGUCACCCCGGCGAUUUAGCUUCGACCUGGCCAGCGGCUCUGGGUUUGGAGGCUUCAGUGAGGACGAGGCCUGGAACCGGAGACGCAGCGAGAGGAUUUUCCUUCAUGAUGCCACAACCUCAGCAAAUCAGUUGUCUGUGCCAGCACCUGCUUCCAUUAGUCAGAGCUCAUCCAGCUCCACCCAACCACUCACCUCCAAGCCUGCGCCUAGACCUAAACCCAGUCCACCCAGCAAAGAGGGCAAAGAGGGCAAAGAUGUGGUGAAAAAAAAGAAGCCAAAGGAUUCUCCUCUGCCCGUGAGCCCGUCCACCCUGUGCAGUCCAAUCACAGACGUCCCUGUGGUGCCGCUGAGUCUCAGCCCAGCACGCAAGAGCCAACCCAAAGCCAAGACCAAGGCCAAAGAGCCUUCCAGAGGAGCAGUGAGUCGACUGAUGGAGAGCAUGGCAGCAGAUGAAGACUUCGAGCCCAACCAGGACAGCAGCUUCAGUGAAGACGAGCUCCUCCCACCGCGCAGCCACAGUGUAUCAGAGAGGGCCUCCACACCUGCUCCAGUGCAGUGUGUGUUGGAUAAGGAUUCUCUGGUGGAUGGACUCAGAGUUUUGAUUCCAAUGGACGACCAGCUGCUGUACGCUGGACACGUGAACACUGUACACUCCCCUGAUAUAUACAGCGUGGUGGUGGAGGGAGAGAGAGGAAACCGGCCACACAUCUACUGUUUGGAACAGCUGCUGCAGGAAGCUAUCAUUGACGUGAAGCCUCCAUCCGUGCGCUACCUCCCAGAAGGCACCCGCAUCGCUGCCUACUGGAGCCAGCAGUACCGCUGCCUUUACCCCGGCACUGUCGUCAAUGGAAGUUCAGAUAUUGACGAGAACGAUGAUCUGAUCACAGUGGAAUUUGAUGAUGGCGACACAGGCCGCAUCCCGCUGUCCCACAUCAGACUGCUGCCACCGGACUACAAGAUACACUGCGCCGAGCCAUCGCCUGCACUGCUCGUCACAAGCUGCUCCAGGAGGCGAGUUCGCAAAUGCAGCAAAGAGGGCAAAGAAGCAGGAACGAAGCCAGAGGAGACGACUCCAAAGAUUAAAGGAAAACCUGGUCGCAAGCCCAAGCCCAAACCAGAGUCCAACAUGAACCCAGAUGGCCGAGAGAAAAGCGAUCCUCCGCCUUCCUCCACCCAGCCUGCAGAGAGACCCCUGGCUCCAGCUAAACCUGUCCAGGACAGGACCUCCUCGGUCCAGAAGGCAAGUCAAGAAAAGCCCCGUCCUACUUCCCGGCCAACAAUGGGCACUCAGACAAAACCAGGCCGCAAAAGCUCCACCACUUCCCCCACAAGGAGUCCUACGCUUCCUAAUGCAGCACCCAGGAAAAGCAGCUCAGCCCAGUCUUCUCCUUCUAAACCAGCCCGAACUCUCCCUUCAUCCCUUUACCCGUCCACCUACGGAAAAGUCCUGACUGUGGACUUGUACAGCGAGCCCAACCUCAGCUCCUACAACAACCAGCGUAGAGAACGGGAGAAUACCAACGGUGUCAGUCCCACCACCAACAGACCCAUGUCCAGACCCACGUCAACAUCUACGACAACCAAGCCCAGUGCUUCAUCCACACCCAGGCCCUCCUCUGCCACUACACCCAAAACCAAACCCUCCUCAGACCAUCACAAUGGCUCCAGAACCAACCUCAACUCUGGACUCAUUCCUAGCCCCAUCUCUAGGCUACCAUCGGGCAAAACUGGCUCUUCACUGACUGCUAGACCUUCAUCAUCAUCCUCUUUGUCAUCAUCAUCAUCAUCUGCUCCCAGACCCAAACUAAAGAUGCCGUCUGACCAGAUGACCUCCAGCUCCAGACCAAACCCCAUCUCCAGGCCCAAGCACAGCUCAGGGCAAAGUGACGGGGUCUCAGCAGUGAGGCGGAAGUCCUUGUCUGUGGAGCCUCUGGUGAAGCUGGACCAUGAGGGUGUCACCUCUCCCAAGACAAAGAAAACCAAGGCUCUGAUGUUGUUAGAGGGCCGGGGAGUCCGACGAGAUCACGCGCCCAUCACCACAGCUUCAGCCAAUCAAAAACUGCUAAAAGAGAAGCCGAGAGCUCCAGAUAGAGACAGUAGCCUUCCGGAAAAAGACUCCACCUACAAAGCACCAGUGUUGUCUAAGGAAAAGGUAGAAAGCCGAGGAAGUGUCGGAAGAGGACAGGAGAUGGAUGGCAGGGAGGAGAAAGUGAAAAAAGAAGAAAGAAACGAGGUGGAGAAAAGAAAGGAAAGAAAGAUGAAGGAGGAGUCUCAGAGUAGCAGCAGCUCAGAAUCAGAGGAAGAAGCUGAGAAAGGGAAUAUGAAGAAAAAGAAGAAAUGCACCUCAAGCUGCUCUUCCUCCUCCUCUUCCUGUUCUGGUUCCUCCUCCUCUUCUUCGUCGUCAUCUUCGUCGUCGUCCUCUUCCUCCACCGACGACUCCUCUUGCAGCUCCGAUGAAGAGAGGACCCCCACACCUCCACCGGUUUCCCCGCCUCCAGCACCAGACAAGCCGGAUGAAGGGACUAAAGAGGAAGAGGAGGAGGAAGAGGAGGAUGAGGAAGAUGAGGAGGGGGAGGAGGAGGAGGAGGAGGAGGAGGAGGAGGAACUGUCACCUUCCUCGCCAUCCCCGUCAACCUCCCCAACUCCCACUGCUUCUGCUGCCACUAAACCUGCUAAACCAGCCACUGGGAAGGGGUCCGGUCAACGAGGUCGUCCCCCGAAACCCAAGCCAACUGGAGGAGAAGGAAAAGUGGGGAGACCAAAGCGGAGAGAGGGCGUCCACCUCCCCACAACCAAGGAACUGGCUAAACGUCAGAGGCUACCCAGUGUGGAGAACAGGCCCAAAAUCUCUGCUUUUCUUCCAGCCAGACAGCUCUGGAAGUGGUUUGGGAAACCAACGCAGAGACGCGGCAUGAAGGGCAAGGCCAAGAAGCUCUUCUACAAAGCCAUUGUCCGAGGCCGAGAGAUGAUCCGCAUCGGCGACUGUGCCGUGUUCCUGUCCGCAGGCCGACCAAACCUGCCCUUUAUCGGACGUAUCCAGAGCAUGUGGGAGUCCUGGGGCAGCAACAUGGUGGUCAGAGUCAACUGGUUCUAUCAUCCAGAGGAGACCAACCCUGGCAAGAAACUCACCGACAAGAAGAACUGGGAUCAAAUAUGUGGCCAGUCUUUACCAGCAGCUCUGCACUCCUCUAUUCAGAGGAAAGACUUCAUGGAGCGCGCCCUGUACCAGUCGUCUCACAGCGAUGAGAACGACGUGCAGACGGUCAGCCACAAGUGCCUGGUGGUGAGCGUGGACGAGUACGAGCAGAUGACCCACACGCGCCGCUACGCCGACAGCGAAGACCUCUACUACCUGGCCGGCACGUACGAACCCACCACCGGCAUGAUCUUCAACACGGACGGCGUCCCGGUCAUCUGCUGAAAACGAGGAAAACUCGGCGAGUCCCUGAGUCCCAAAAUCACGAUCCGACUCCCUAACCCUGGACCUGGAUCGGAGUCAAGUCCGAACCUGUGGUCUAAUCGCUGAUCUUCAGCCGUGGUGGAUGCUCUUGCUGCCGUGUGACUCACGAUCUCAACCACUCCAGUUCCACAGUACACUUCAGACUGUCAUGACAGCUAACUGCUACUAACGACAACAGGAGACACUACAGACAGUAUUCAAAGGAACAUGUCUCCUGAAAUGUUUUCACACACACACACACACACACACAGACUCCAUUUACACGUUCUGUUUUUGCUUUGUCGCGUGUGUUCACUGGGACACUUCAGAACACACACACAUACGAGUACUUCGGUUUCCUUUUACAUGUAAAUAUA